UGAACAACACAAACGGUGAGUUACUGUAAUAUUAUUCAUUUACCUCACAGAACAUUCUGACAUUUAUACAACUUUCAGAAAACAGACAUAAUAUUAUUUUCGUCGUGAUAAAACAAAUCUCUACUGUGAUCUACUGAGGAGAGACUGAGAAGAUGACAAUGAUGGUGUUUCUAGCAGUUCUUCUCUCUGUUGUUCUGGUGAGCGGAUGCAGUACUGAUGAAAACACGCCGGUCGACUGUUCUGACCUUUAUAAAGCAGGACAAACAGUUAGUGGGAUUUACUCCAUCUAUCCAGGGAGUGGCUUUCCUGUCUGGGUUUACUGUGACAUGAUCUCAGGUGGGAAAGAUGAAGACAACGGAGGAUGGACGGUGAUUCAGAGGAGAAUGGACGGCAGUAUUAAUUUCUAUCGGCCGUGGAAUCAGUACAAGAGAGGAUUUGGGAAUGUGGAGAGCGAAUACUGGCUGGGGCUGGAGAACAUGUACCAGCUGACACGUAACAGGAAGUACAUGCUGAGAGUGGAUCUGGAGGACUUCACCGGAAGGAAAGGUUUUGCUCAAUACUCGUCCUUCUCUGUGGAUUGUGAAACUGACGGGUAUAAACUACAUGUUUCAGGGUUCAAGGAUGGAGGAGCAGGCGACUCUUUAUCUGUUCAUAAUGAUCAGAAGUUCUCCACUUUUGACAAAGAUCAAGACCCCUCUGAGAAGAAUUGUGCCAAACUGUAUCUCGGGGCAUUUUGGUACGCAGCCUGUCACUAUACAAACCCCAACGGUGUGUAUUUAUGGGGAGAAGAUGAUACUCAUUACGCCAUUGGAAAUGUUUGGCUCACCUGGAGGAACAGUCACGCUGUCACUAUGAAAUCCAUCAGCAUGAAGAUCAAACGUGUGUCUUAGAAACAUUACAGUGCUUCUGAAGGGGAAACAUUGGACUUUGUCUCAUUUUACAACAUUCCACUGUGUAACUAAGCAAUCAUGAGUUAAUAUCUUUUAAAUGUUUGUUGGCUGUUGGUGUACUGCAUUAAAACCAUUCUUUGACUUACUAUGUGUGAUAUUCGAGCUGUUUGAAAACAGAUUUGUUAUGCAUUUCCUGCAUAGGCUGUAUGGAGCAG